GGCGCCGCGGUGACACCGAGCAGGAAGCGCGCGGCGCGGGCAGAGCGCGAGCCGCCGCCGCCGGACGCAGCGCCGCCAUGAACGGCAAAGGACCGUACCCCCCCCAGCCGUCCUACCCCAUCCAGUCCCCCGCCGUCUACCCCCAGACUCUGCCCCUUCCGCAGCCGCCGCCGUACACAGACGCGCCUCCGGCUUAUUCCGAGCUUUACCGUCCCAGCUUCGUGCCUCUGGGGGCUGCCACCGUCCCCACGAUGUCUGCGGCGUAUCCUGGCGCUUCCGUCUUCCUGCCCAUGGCCCAGUCCAUGGCCGUGGGGCCGAUCGGCUCCUCGGUCCCCAUGGCAUAUUACCCCGUGGGACCGGUGUAUCCUCCGGGCUCGACAGUCCUUGUCGAAGGUGGCUUUGAUGCUGGAGCAAGGUUUGGGGCUGGCGGAACCCCCAGCAUCCCUCCCCCCCCUCCUGGCUGUCCCCCCAACGCCGCCCAGCUGGCCGUGAUGCAGGGAGCCAACGUCGUGGUGACGCAACGGAAGGGAAACUUCUUCCUGGGAGGCUCAGAUGGCGGCUACACUAUCUGGUGAAGGAGGAAGGGGAAGGGGGAGGGAGAGGGGGGGGCUACAUUUGUGUAAGGAAAGACAUCACAUACCGUCAGCACUUCUCACGAUGUAACUGCUUUAGUCCAUAUUAACCCGAAGUUGCAGAUUAGGCACGCAGCGGUGAGGGGUCUUCCCGGUCCGGCGCCCGGCCGCACAGGCACUUUAAAACGAAGCAAGAAACCGUGUUAAUGGUGACGGCGCCUCUGUUCAGAACAGGGCGGGGGGGGGGUGGGUGGUGGUGGUGGGAUGGGAUUAAUUGGCAAAACGAACGUGAGCUCGGCCUCCCCCCUUUCGUUUCACUGGAGUAACACCGCGGCGCUGGGCUUUUAUUAACGGGCUGCCUGGACGCUGGCUCUGGGGAGGGCGAGGGACCUCGGUGGCGGUCGCGCCGGUCCACUGGUCCCAGAAGCCACAAAAAACCCGGCCGGGUUUCCCCAGCGAAGGUGCUGGGUAGAGCAGAGGGAGGCAAAAUUCACUUCCCGGCAGCGGGGAGGGCACCUUGGCGCUUCUUUUUUCCUGACCUCACUCUCUGACGGAUCCCUGGAAGCCCUCUGUGCUCACCUUCGCCCGCCCUUCUCCUCCAGGAAGGUGCGCGGCCGGCGUCUAUCAUGGGAUUUAUUUUUAUUUUUUAUUUUUUUUUUUAUACACUCCAAGUAAUCUUGGAUUUCUUUGCACAUUAGAUCUAAUCAAAGCCAUGCUUUGGUGCCAGAAACACAGCGCGACUCAUGCUGGAACAUUUCAUUCGAUGCUAACUAGGCUUUUAGAACGAUGCUUAUUAAACAAACUUCUUUUUUGGGGGGGGCGGGGGGGGGGUGUUUUUGGUUUUUUGGGGUUUUUUCUUUUUUUUUUUUUUUUUUUUAAUUCAACCUGGUGUCUUGACACCAAAACUCCUUAAGGCUGUUGUUCAAACAGAGAGGGCUGGUUACCAUCUGUCCAAGGGUGUGUAGCAACUAUCAAUCAACACGCAAAUUAGCUCGGUUAAUGGCUUGUUCCGUGAACGCGUACUUUAAAAAUGACUUGGGUAGAAUGAAGUGUUAUUAGGGUUAAGAAGAAUAUUUCAGGGAUCCUCAGUGUUUUGGUUUUCGUUUUGUUUUCCGCAGAGAGAAAAAAAAAAAAAAAAAAAAGCUCAGAUUCAAAUAUAUUUUAUCUCGAGGUUUCGG